GUUUUGUGGGUGUUAUGUGUUCUGUGAUUCAAUCUGUCAUUUUGUCAAAAUCUGAAAUAAAUUCAUUUUCCGGGUCAUCAAAAAACUUAUGUGCUAAAAGAUGUCGAUAUUAGCUAGCCCUUUGUCUGUAGCCGGUACCAGGACCACUGGGUCUUCAGUUCGCUCACAAAAUGUAACUGCGGCUGCUACCAUAGCAAAUGUAGUAAAGAGCUCCCUUGGUCCAGUGGGACUGGACAAGAUGUUGGUCGACGAUAUUGGGGAUGUAACGGUGACCAACGAUGGCGCUACAAUUUUACGCUUACUAGAAGUUGAACACCCAGCGGCAAGGGUUUUGGUAGAAUUGGCACAACUCCAGGAUGAAGAAGUUGGAGAUGGAACAACAUCAGUAGUGUUGAUCGCUGCUGAGUUGCUGAAAAAUGCAGAUGAACUUGUAAAACAGAAGAUCCAUCCAACAACAAUUAUAAGUGGUUAUCGGUUGGCAUGUAAGGAAGCAUGCAGAUAUAUCCAAGAUCAUUUAACCAUACCAGUAGAAGAACUUGGGAAAGAGUGCAUUAUAAACAUUGCUAAGACUUCAAUGAGCUCUAAAAUUAUUGGAGCUGAUGCAGAUUUCUUCUCUGAAAUGGUGGUAAAUGCUGCAAAUGCAGUGAAAAUAACUGAUCAGAAGGGGCAGCCUAUGUAUCCCAUAAAGGCAGUAAAUGUGUUGAAGGCACAUGGUAAAAGUGCUAGGGAAAGCUUCUUGGUGCAAGGAUAUGCUUUGAAUUGCACCGUUGCCAGCCAGGCUAUGCCUAAGAAGAUUUUAAAUGCAAAAAUUGCCUGUCUUGAUUUUGGUUUGCAGAAGACUAAGAUGAAGAUGGGAGUCCAGGUACUUAUCACUGACCCAGAAAAACUUGAAGCAAUUCGUGAUAGAGAACUGGACAUCACAAAAGAAAGAAUCCAAAAAAUAUUGAAUACUGGGGUUAAUGUUGUAUUAGUUUCUGGAGGUAUUGAUGACCUCUGCCUGAAGUAUUUUGUGGAAAAAGGUGCUAUGGGAGUCAGGAGAGUGAAGAAAGCUGAUUUGAAGAGAAUUGCAAAGGCAACUGGAGCACAGUUCCUCACAUCUCUGACAAACAUGGAAGGUGAGGAGGUAUUUGAUGCCAGUAUGACUGGUGAAGCAGCCGAGGUGACACAAGAGAGGAUCUGUGAUGAUGAACUCAUCAUUAUUAAAGGCCCGAAAGCCCGCACAGCCGCCUCGAUAAUCCUCCGCGGCCCGAACGACUAUUUCUGCGACGAGAUGGAACGCUCCGUGCACGACGCCCUCUGCGUGGUGAAGCGCGUCCUCGAAUCCAAGAGCGUCGUGACCGGCGGCGGUUCCGUGGAAGCGGCGCUGUCCAUCUACCUGGAGAACUUCGCGACGACGCUCAGCAGCAGGGAGCAGUUGGCCAUUGCGGAGUUCGCGCGUAGUUUGCUCGUCAUACCGAAGACGCUUUCGGUGAACGCGGCCUUGGAUGCGACUGAUUUGGUUGCGAAGCUGAGGGCGUAUCAGAAUUCGAGUCAGACCAAGAAGGAUCACGCGCAUCUGAAGUAUGUCGGUUUGGAUCUGUCAGAAGGUACUGUUCGAGAUAACAAAAAAGCAGGGGUCCUGGAACCAACAAUGUCCAAAAUCAAAUCUAUCAAAUUCGCGACUGAAGCGGCCAUCACCAUCUUGAGAAUUGAUGAUAUGAUCAAGCUGGACCCCGAGCAGAAGAGCCAGAAGGGAUACCGACAGGCUAUGGAAGCUGGCGAAUUAUAGAUUAAUAAGUUCAGUAUUGUAUUAAGGAUUUUCAGUUGUUCACUUUUGUAUUACCAUAAAAUCUCACAAGUAACCAUCAGUACUUCUCAGUAUCUUUUAUAUGCUUGAUUAAAUAAACCUUACAUUAACUUA